AUCGCAAGGACUGGAGGGACUGUGUAGUAACCUGAAUGUUACGUCUAUGCAGCACUCUUCAGGUUGGAGUAGCCUGACAUCGGAACCACUUGCUGUGGAUUGAAACACAGAAAUCUUGCUUGGAUGGUGGACUAAAAGGACACAGUUUCUUUGUAUAGACUGGAACAAAAAAGGGAAAUUGGAGGAAUAGGAUUUUUACCCUAGUUUGGCAGCUUUGCUGCCCUUUUAUACACAGAUGAAUGAAGACCCCAUUCGGAAAGGCAGCAGGUCAGAGAGCCAGAGGUGAUGCAGCACAUGCAGGUGUGUCUGCCAGUAUGAUGAAAAAAAGGACUUAUCACAAGAAGCAUCAAAAUAAUGUUGGUCCAAGCAAACCUAUUUCCCAGCCCCAGAGGAAUAUUGUAGGUUGCAGAAUACAGCAUGGUUGGAAAGAAGGUAGUGGACCAAUAACACAAUGGAAAGGAACUGAAUUGAAUCAAGUGCCAGUCAACCCAUCCCUUUAUCUUAUUAAAUAUGAUGGAUUUGAUUGUGUCUAUGGACUAGAACUCCACAAGGACGAGCGAGUGUCUGCUCUUGAAGUUCUUCCAGAUAGAGUUGCUUCAUCUCGAAUUAGUGAUGCUCACUUGGCAGACACAAUGAUUGGUAAAGCUGUUGAACACAUGUUUGAAACAGAAGAUGGUUCUAAGGAUGAGUGUAGAGGAAUGGUCUUAGCAAGAGCUCCCAUAAUGAACACAUGGUUUUAUAUAACCUACGAGAAGGACCCAGUUUUAUAUAUGUAUCAGCUAUUAGAUGACUACGAAGAAGGAGAUCUCCGCAUCAUGCCAGACUCUAAUGAUUCCCCUCCAGCAGAAAGAGAACCAGGAGAAGUUGUGGACAGCCUUGUAGGAAAGCAAGUGGAGUAUGCCAAAGAAGAUGGCUCAAAAAGGACUGGCAUGGUAAUACACCAAGUGGAAGCCAAACCCUCUGUUUAUUGCUUAAAAUUUGAUGACGAUUUCCAUAUUUAUGUCUACGAUUUGGUGAAGACAUCAUAG